CGGCGCUGCUGGCACCCUGUUCAAGACUGCUGGACUUCUACAACCUUCUAAUGCUCAAUGAUGGCAGCCAAAAACAAACCAGUAAUGCAGAACAGAAGCCCCAAGCAAAGCAGUGUGUUACAGAGAGUUCUGCAGGUUCCGGUGGUAAAUUCAGCCCUCGCCAGUCUCCAGAAGACCUAUGCCAGUGCCAAAGAGAUUCACCCCUUCAUGGCAUCAGUAUGUGCCACCUAUGAGCGAGCUCUCCAGAAUGCCAGUUCCUUGGCUCUGUGGAGUGUGAAACCUGUGGUACACAAGCUGGAGCCUCAACUUGCAGCAGCCAAUGUUUUGGCUUGUCAAGGUUUGGAUCAUCUGGAGAAGAAGAUACCUAUCCUUCAGAAACCAGUGGAGGAAGCUACAUCUGAUUUGAAGGACACCAUUCUAGCUCAGCUUCACUAUGCUAUAUACUCUGUCGUGAACAUCCUGGACAAAGUUUUAGGACUGUCUGGUGAAAAUAAUGAGCAGUCCAAGAACAGCCUGAAGAUCAAGACAAAGAAUGCGAAGAGCAGUCAGGUGAACCAAGUGGCUAAAAUCUCUGCAGUUGGAAAGCUGGAGAAGGUGGUGGAUUGGAAAAUAGAGCCCAAUUCAGUCCACAAGCCUGCAGCCGGAUGUGUAUCAGAAAAGAUGCCUCCUUCCAGCACCUUUGCAAGUAUCAAAUCUUUAGCUGCUGCUGUUUCCCAGAUUGCUUUCAGACAGACAUCCCAAGCCAUGCAAGUUACCAAGGACAUAGGAGUGAAGCUGGCUAUGUGGAUCUCCUAUUUGUUCACCUUCCCAAGGGUUUUGAUGAAAGAAGAGGAAACAAUGGUGAUGAGUCCUCCAGAGUCUUGCCAAGAACAAGAUGAUGUCCAGUUUGUUACUCCUGAGAGCAAGAAGCUGCAAGAAAGACGGUCUAGUCGGGGACAUUAUCCUCUUCCCUUCCUCAAUCUCGAUGAGCCCCUCACCCCUCAUCAAAGCCCAUCUUUCGAAGCUGAGUCUCCUAUGGGCCGGAGAUCUUACAAAGAGGGGUCCAGCAGCAGAAGAUGGAGCGAAGGGCUGUUCCGGUCCAGCCUGGAAACCACCUACUUGAGGGCGCACUUCGCAAGACUCUAUAGCUCUGCUGUCAAGAAAGACUAAGCUAGUGAGUGGGUUUGCUCAUUACGCUAAACUAGGAUUUGUUAAGUAUGAAUUGCUAUCCCAAGCGUGCUUUUCCAAAAAGUAGAUGGAUUUUCUUGGGGUUUUUUUUCUUUGAAAACAUUUUGCUUCGCAUCCAAGAAGCUUCUUCGCUUCCUGGAUGAGAAGCAAAACAUUUUCAAAGGAAAAAAAAAUCCAAGGAAGUCCAGUUGCCUUUUGGUAAAGCAUAUUUGGGACAACCAUGACCUGGAGGAUUGAGAAUCUCCGUAGACAUUUUUGAUUUGCUAUCUAUGUCACCGUUAGAUGACCUCACACAGCAGCCUAAACACACAGCUCAGCAAUUCCAAAGGCUGAAAUCUUAUAUCUCACUUAGCUAUGGCAAAGAUUGCAAAAUCACAAUGGAUACACUAAGCCAGGAAUCACGGCUUGACAAAACCCCAGGACUGGAUUCACUGCAAUUCACAAAACCACAUUCUGGCUUUGGGCUAUGUGAGAAUGGAGCAACUGACAACCCAACUCUUCUGCUUAAUGUACUGCUUAUGUUAACUUAGUUGAAAUUGCCCCAGCAAUUACAUCCGCUGUUGUAAUGCCAGCUUUAUUAGAACAGCUUUAAAAAAAUUCUCCAAUAAAAUAACCAACUUUUA